UAUAUAUAUAUAUAUAAUAUCCAUAUAUACAUAACAAAUAUUCAUAAUAUCCAUACAUAUAUAUGUAUGUAUAUAUAUAUACGACCAUGAAGGGACACGGCGCGGUUACGUUCUCACUUUCCACAUCCGGAAAUUUUCUGUUCUAUGGGUGGCACAUUGAUACAAUUUUGGGUUUAAUACUGGCGUUAAUAACGACAACUUUAGCUGCAUUGCUUUCGGAAGGAUUGAAGUACGUGCGUUACUUAUCGAAAAAACAACGUGGACAAAGAAAAGGCAAACCUUCAGCAAAAGUGUUCCUACAGAAUAUGAAAACCCGUUUAUGGCAAAGUUGUCUACAUAUGCUACAGACAGGAACCGGAUUGUUUCUAAUGUUAUGUUCUAUGUCUUAUAAUACCUGGAUUUUCAUCAGCAUCAUUGUUGGCUCAUCUUUAGGAUACUUCUUCUUACACCCAAUCAUACGAAUCCAUGCUGAUAAAAAAAUAGAACGAACAAAGCCAUCGGCUGUGGAGAUUGCUCUGAUUAAAAAUCCGUCAACACGGAGCGUCAAGCAAUGAACAUCUUUUAAUGUGCUUACGUCUCAAUGCUUACGUUUUUCUCAUAAACAAAAUAAUAAUUCUUUGUACAAUAGGCACUAGGCCUGAAAUUUUCUGAUGGAAGUGGGACAGGGUGGUUUGUCGAUUUUUCACUUAUUUUAUCGACCUCGCAAGUUUGAAAGACGAAGUUGACAUCGGCGAAAUUUGAACUCAGAACGUAAAGCUGUUGUUCAAAUUCCUCCAAGGUCGACUUUGCCUUUUAUCCUUUCGGAUUCGAUAAAGUAAGUACCAGGGUUGAUGUCAUCAAUUUACGCCAUCUCCUAAAAAUUGCUGAUAUGUGCCAAAAUUUUAAAUCAUUUGAAACCAUUUGAAGGGUAGCUAAGGCGGAGAACUGGCAGACUCGUUAAAGCAUCGGAAAAAUACGCGACGGUAUUUGUUUCAACUCUUUACAUUCUCAGUUUGAAUGCCGUCAAAGUCAACAGCACUACUCAUCUUUCGAGAUCAAUAAAAUAAAGUACCAGUUGAGUACUGUGGUCAAUGAUAUCAACUAACUCUUCUCUCUGAAUAUUGUUGGCCUUGUACCUAAGGAAAGUAUUAUCUUGUGACUUGACAGACGACUAAAGACUCCGGUACAUUUUUACCUACACUGUGCAACG